UAGACGAGCAUUUGGGCCCUGUACUGGAUAAGGCGGCCUUCGGCUAAAUCCCCAUUCCUGCCAUUCGCUCUUGCCCGGCUUCUCCCCACGCUCCCAUGGCCGCCGUUUACCCCACCACGGCCGCCCUCCCCACGCGCCACCCCCCUCCUUCCUUCCUCAGGCCGCCGUCCCUGUCGUGGUCCGCCUCCAUCACCCAGCACCGCAUCCCCUUGUCACCGCGCCUCGCUCUCUCGCCGCCACCGGCGCCCAAUCGGCGGUCAUUCGUGGUCCGAGCGGCGUGGACGCGGCGGUCGCGCGGCGAGUUGGACAAGAGCCCGAACCGCAAGUCGUGGAAGCAGCGCACGGACAUGUACAUGCGCCCGUUCCUGCUCAACGUCUUCUUCUCCAAGCGCUUCGUCCACGCCAAGGUCAUGCACCGGGGCACCAGCAAGGUCAUCGCCGUCGCCACCACCAACGCCAAGGACCUCAGGACCACGCUGCCGUCCCUCAUCGACGACAACGCCUGCCGGACCAUCGGUCGCCUCAUAGCCGAGAGGUCCAUGGACGCCGACGUCUUCGCCAUGGCGUACGAGCCCAAGAAGAACGAGAGGAUCGAGGGGAAGCUCGGGAUUGUCAUCGACACCAUUAAGGAGUAUGGCAUCAUCUUUGCAUAGUGCACAGACACCAUCCUGAUAUGGAGCUUUCCUGCUCGAAUGCUCAGAUGAAAGUACUUUCCUCCUCGUGUUUAUGUUAUUCAUGGGAAAAUGAAUCAAUGAUGUAAUUUAAUGGAACGAAACUAGUCACUGCUGAGGUCAUUUGGGCACAUGUGAGGUAUAAUUGUGCUCAUAUGUUCAUAUGUUCGUCCUAGGCAUAAUUGUGCUGUCCGGCUAUGCAUCUUAAGCCUUAAGUGCUUUAAUUA